GGGGAUUGGAACACCUGAAUCAUAUGAUAUGGAGGGGAUUGGAACACCUGAAUCACAUGAUAUGGAGGGGAUUGGAACACCUGAAUCACAUGAUUGGGAGGGGAUUGGAACACAUGAAUCACAUGAUAUGGAGGGGAUUGGAACACCUGAAUCACAUGAUUGGGAGGGGAUUGGAACAACUGAAUCACAUGAUUGAGAGGGGAUUGGAACACCUGAAUCACAUGAUAUGGAGGGGAUUGGAACACCUGAAUCACAUGAUAUGGAGGGGAUUGGAACACCUGAAUCACAUGAUUGGGAGGGGAUUGGAACACCUGAAUCACAUGAUAUGGUGGGGAUUGGAACACCUGAAUCACAUGAUAUGGUGGGGAUUGGAACACCUGAAUCACAUGAUAUGGAGG